AGAGCUUGUUAAGCUAGCUGUUCAUAACUGAUAAAGUUAACCGCGAACUACUGGUUAAGCUAGCUGUUGAAACACUGUUUUGUUAUGCACUCUAAUGUAUCAUAAAGUAAACGGAUAAAUGAAACAGGAAUUAUAGGCUAAGUGUAAUUUGAUAUCAACAAGCUAGCUGUUCGUAACCAGCUGUUCAUCUCCUUUUAAGAUAGCUGCUAGCACCUGGAUAGGCUAACAACAUUACACCAGGGAAAUGCAGCAAUGCAGGCUCUUCCAAGUGACAUCACAUCGAAGGAAGCACUCCUGCAAUGACUGCCCUAAAUAACGGUUAAUUUCAUACCUGAUCAAUGGAGGCCUUUGGGGCUCAAACUGACGUAUAAAUAUGAACCACCUGGAGAUCCUGGAGGAGAAACCUUGGCAGCUGCUCCUGAAAUCAAUUAGGCACAACAUUCAGGAAGAAUCGCGUGGUGAUGUCUUGAGUCGUGACUUUCCAGCCCAGUGAAGGACGUGCCAGUGCCGAGCCGCUGCUAAUGGGAACUCCUGCUCCGCCAUGAGUACCCGUGAUGGCGUUGGCAGCAUGGGCACGCUUGGCCGGCGGCACCGCUAUGAGAACUCAGAGUUCACAGUACGCAUCUACCCCGGCGCCCUGGCCGAGGGAACCAUCUACUGCCCCAUCAGUGCCCGCAAGACCACCACAGCCGCUGAGGCCAUCGAGCGUGUCAUUGAGCGCCUGGAGCUCGACCGCACCAAGUGUUAUGUUCUAGCCGAGGUGAAGGAAUUUGGCGGGGAGGAAUGGAUUCUGAACCCAUGCGACUGUCCUGUCCAAAGGAUGAUGCUCUGGCCCCGUGUGGCCCUAGAGCACCGGCCGCUAUCUGGCGGCGAGGAUUACCGCUUCCUCCUGAGGCAGAAGAACCUGGAUGGCUCGAUCCAUUAUGGCGGCAGCCUCCAGAUGUGGCUGCAGGUCACAGAGGAGCGCAGGCGCAUGAUGGAGCGAGGACUACUACCACAGCCGGAGGCUCAGGGAGACCACGCAGAUCUGUGCCGCCUGCCAGAGCUCAACGAGCGCUCGCUGCUGGACAACCUGCGCUCGCGCUUCCUCCAGGAAAAGAUCUACACUUACAUUGGAAGUAUCCUCAUUGUCAUCAACCCUUUUAAGUUCCUCCCCAUCUACAACCCCAAGUAUGUGAAAAUGUAUGACAAUCAUACAUUGGGAGAUUUGGAGCCACAUAUUUACGCCGUGGCAGAUGUGGCGUAUCACGCCAUGCUGCAGCGAGAGAGGAAUCAGUGCAUCGUGAUUUCUGGGGAGAGUGGCUCUGGGAAGACGCAAAGCACAAACUUUCUCAUUCAUCACCUGACCGCUCUCAGCCAGAAGGGUUUCGCCAGUGGAGUGGAGCAGAUUAUCCUGGGGGCGGGGCCAGUACUGGAGGCUUUUGGGAACGCGAAGACGGCCCACAAUAACAACUCCAGUCGCUUUGGCAAAUUCAUUCAGGUCAACUACCAGGAGAGCGGCACGGUCAGAGGAGCUUAUGUGGAAAAAUACCUCCUGGAGAAGUCAAGGCUGGUCUAUCAGGAGCACAAUGAGAGGAACUACCACGUGUUUUAUUACCUGCUGGCAGGAGCGAGUGAAGAAGAGAGGACGGCCUUUCACCUCAAGAAGCCUGAAGAAUACCAUUACCUCAGUCAGAUGACAAAGUCAACCCACCAACUGCACUGGGACAGUUACUGUGACAGUGAACCGGAUUGUUUCACAGUGGAAGGAGAAGACCUGAAACAUGACUUUGAGAGGCUUCAGCUGGCCAUGGAGAUGGUGGGCUUCCUCCCUGCAACACGCAAACAGAUCUUCUCUCUGCUGUCGGCCAUCCUUCACCUGGGAAACAUCCGCUAUAAGAGGAAAACCUACAGAGAUGACUCCAUCGACAUCUGUAACCCCGAGGUGCUGCCGAUCGUCUCUGAGCUGCUGGAGGUUAAAGAGGAGAUGCUGUUUGAAGCUUUGACGACACGGAAGACAGUUACCGUUGGAGAGAAGCUGAUUGUUCCUUACAAGCUUUCAGAGGCUGGCACAGUGAGAGACUCCAUGGCAAAGUCUUUGUACAGUGCUCUGUUUGACUGGAUCGUCUUCAGGAUCAACCACGCUCUGCUUAACGUCAAGGACCUGGUGGAGACCACAAAGAUCUUGUCCAUUGGAGUGCUCGACAUCUUCGGUUUUGAGGAUUACGAGAACAACAGCUUUGAACAAUUCUGCAUCAACUUUGCCAAUGAGCGUCUCCAGCACUAUUUCAACCAGCACACCUUCAAGCUGGAACAGGAGGAAUACAGGUCAGAGGGAAUCAGCUGGCAUAACAUUGACUACAUCGACAACACCGGCUGCAUUAACCUGAUCAGUAAGAAGCCCACGGCCCUGUUCCACCUGCUGGAUGAAGAGUGCAAUUUCCCUCAGGCCACCAACCAGACUCUGCUGGAUAAGUUUAAGCGGCAGCAUGAGGGGAACAGCUACAUCGAGUUUCCUGCCGUCAUGGAGCCCGCCUUCAUCAUUCAGCACUACGCUGGCAAGGUCAAGUACGGCGUCAAGGAUUUCAGGGAAAAGAACACCGAUCACAUGCGUCCAGAUAUCGUGGCUCUACUGAAGAGCAGCAAAAACGCCUUCAUCUGCAGCCUGAUGGGCAUCGACCCGUCAGCCACUUUCCGCUGGGCGGUUCUCCGAGCUUACUUCAGAGCCCUGGUGGCUUUCAGAGAGGCUGGGAAAAGACACACGCAGAAGAAGACUGGGCAUGAUGACGCUGCUCCCUGUGCAGUUUUGAAAAGUGUGGAUAGUUUUAGCUUUCUCCAGCACCCUGUGCAUCAGAGAAGCUUAGAGAUCCUGCAGAGAUGCAAAGAGGAGAAGUACACUCCAGAUGACAGUGAAAAUGUUGUUCAAAGUGAUGAAACUGAAAACGGUGUGACCAGGAGGAGUCCGCGUACGCCGCUGUCUGACCUUCAGGGGAGCAACACCAUCAAUGAGAUGUCACCACGGGGUUCUCCGGGUCUCGGCUGGAAUGGGCGUUUGAGUCGACAGAGCCGUUUAUCGUCCGGCAGCUCCAACACAGAGGAAGAUGGCAUCUUUGUAAACUCUGCCAACAGCAAACUCCUGGAGAGAGCCCACGACAUCCUCAUGAGGAACAAAAACUACAAAUCUAAACCAGUUUUGCCCAAGCAUUUACUGAAUGUAAAGUCCCUGAAGUACCUCAGCAACCUGACACUUCACGACCGCAUCACGAAGUCGCUGCUUCACCUGCACAAGAAGAAGAAACCACCCAGUAUCAGCGCACAGUUCCAGGCCUCCCUCAAUAAGCUAAUGGAGACUCUGGGUCAGUCUGAGCCUUAUUUCGUCAAGUGCAUCCGUUCCAAUGCUGAGAAGCUGCCUUUAAGGUUUAAUGAUAACCUGGUGCUGAGGCAGCUGCGUUACACAGGCAUGCUGGAGACUGUGCGGAUCAGACAGUCAGGUUACAACAUCAAGUACAGCUUCCAGGAUUUUGUUAAUCACUUCAGUGUCCUGCUCCCAGUGAGCACCAAAGCCACCAGAGAGGGCAUCCAGAAGUGUCUGGACCAGCUGGACCUGCAACCAGAUGGAUAUCAAGUGGGAAAGACGAUGGUGUUUCUUCAAGAGUCUGAGCGUCAGCGACUGCAGGCCUUACUGCAUAGAGAAGUUCUCAGACGGAUCGUCACUCUGCAGCGGCGAUUCAGAGCCCGGCUGGAGAGAAAGCAGUUUGUCAGGAUGAGAGAGGCAGCGAUCUGCAUCCAGAAAUGGUGGCAUUCAUACCGGCCCAUUGAAGAAGAAGAGGAAGAAGAGGAGGAGGAGGAAGAAGAAGAGGCUGAGGAGGACAUUUCUGUCCAGCAGGAGGCAGCGUUGUGUCUGCAGGCUCACUGGCGGGGUUACAGGGAUCGUCAGAGGUUCAAGCUGUGGAGGGAAGCUGCUCUGGUGCUGCAGAGAGCGUGGCGAUCAUGGCUCUCAAAGCGCUGCUCAGCGGCUCUGGUUAUUCAGACGGCCUGGCGCUGUCAUCAAGCCAGAGAAGCUUACCUGCAUCUGUACGGAGCUGUGGUAAAUCUACAGGCGUACGGCAGAGGAUACCUCGCUAGACAGAGCUUCAAAAAACUGAGAGAUCAGAGACUAAAAGAAAGAAAGGAGCAUGAAGAGAAGCUGCUUCAGCUGCAAAAUGGCCAGGUGAGUAUUUCUCCAGAGGAAGAGGAGGAGAGGAUCAUGGGAUUGGACCUCAGUACAUUUCAGGAUCCUUUCUACCAACAGCGGGAAAGGAGCCUCCAAAUCCUCAGCAGCCAGGAGGUAGCACAAAAAGAGGAGGGAGAAAGUAGAGAGCAUGCUAAGAUGGUGGAAAAUAUCCCGAAAUUGGAAACUGAAGCGAUUCAGACCGCUGCUGUGAUGGUGCGAGAAAGAUCCAGGACUGUAGACGAGCCCAGCCAGAUGUCUGCACGUGCUAAGAGGGAGAGCCGACGGAUGAGGGAACUGGAGCAAGCCAAGUUCAGCCUUGAGCUCCUUAAGGUGCGGGCGACGAGUGGAGGAGCGUCAUCGCCUUCUGAAGAGCGGCGCUGGUCCGUGGAGCUGGUGCCGUCGCUUACGCCGCCCCUUCAUUCACCUCAGGGCACGCCUGACAGCCAGAGCUCCAAGGGCAGCUUUGAGCUUCUAAGCAUGGAAGACGAGGCUCCAAAGGCUGUAGAAGAGGUGACGGACAGCGAAGAUGCCUGCUCGCCUCCUCCUUCACUCGAUCCUGAACCACAACCUCAUGUAGAAGAGGUUUCAAAAAGUCCUAAACCAACUGAACCACACAGGACAGAGGUUUCUGAAGCUGUUGUUCAACCAGGUAGUGAAAGCCAGAAAGAAACCGGGCCUACACCCCCGUCUUCCCCAACACAUCCGCCCAAAACCGAGAUCUACCUCCCUACGUUUAACGCCCCGACUAACGAGGGCAGCACGGUCGUCUCUGCUGGUCCUGCAGUAGAAGACCAGCCAAGAUCAGAGCCAGCUGUCUCUGUAACCACUACCACCAUCACAACCACUGUUACCAAACCUGCCAAGGAAAGGAAAGAAUCAACACGGCGACCAGUGGUGGUGGUCAUCAGCAUGCAGAAAGAAACCCCGUUAAGUGAGGAGCUUACUGACAUCAUCCGUCCCCCAGUGGAGGUACGAGAUUCUGCAGCCCAGACGGGGGAUUUAACACCAUCACCACAAAAACCCCAUCCAGCUCCGGUGCCUCAAAGUCCCGUCCCCGCUCCUACAUCUGUCCUCCAAGCUGACCCCGCCGUCUUGGAGAAACUGGUGCGACUGAACGAGGAGAAGGAAGUACGGCAGAGAAAUCAACAGCAGCAGAACGAGAAGGAGAUGAUGGAGCAGAUCAGGCAGCAGAAAGAAGUCCUGGAGCGACAGCGGCUGUUCUUUGCUCAGUACGAGAGGGACAUGUUUGAGAAGCAGAGGGGAGAAGCUCUGAACAGGAUCCAGAAGAGUCGACAAGUCGGACAAGAUGUAGGCGGAUCUGCAACAUCCGUGAAGCCGCUCAGACCCAGCUCGCUGCUGAUUGAAAGGACAGCAGGACUCGCUCCUCAUGCAAGGACACAAUCAGACUCUACGCCCCCUUUAGUGCACUCUCCCCCAGCCAUAGAGAUCCAGGGACAAACGUCCCACCCACAGCUGCCUCCACCGCCGGCCUCUGUUCCCAGAGAGAGACGCAGGCCUCCUGCAGAAGGAUGGGCACCAAAACUCACCCUGGAGACCAAAGAUGGAGGAACAAGGGUGAAAACAGCAGCCAAGAAGCCUCCGAGUAAUCAAGGCACCGCAGUCAAUAUGAAGGACAAAACCGGCAACAUCUUCUUCUCUCCAAAGGACAAAGUCACAUUUACAAAGUUUGAUAGUGAAGCUGUUACUAAAGAAACACCUGCAGCCGCUCCUAAAGAGGGAGCUACAUCAGUUUCAAAGCCGUCUAAAGGAUCAAAACCUCGGGAUGUCGGCAGAGUGGGCCAAAAAAAGAAAGCCAGAAUGGCUCGGACCCGCUCCGACUUCCUCACCCGCGCCCCCAUCCUCUCAGUGGGGGGCGACACCGAUGAGGAAGACAAUGUUGGUGAAAGUCCCCGCAGCCCCCGUCAUUACACCCUCCCACUCCCCAAACAGAUCUCAACGGAGGCGGGCUUAGGAGAGUCCUGUUUCAGUGACUCAGACAUGCCUGUGAGCCCUGAAGAGUCAAAGAAAAUUCACAAAGUCAUGUCUUCAGGAGAUUUGGGCAAAUCAGACUCACUGCGCAAGAGCUCACAGGAUGGAAGCAGAGUUCGUGGAAAGAUGCGUUUCUGGGGAAAGACGAAGUACGGAGAGAAGAAGACGUCCAGAGAAAAGCUGAUUUGUGGGGCCGAUUCAAUGGAUGGAGAAUAUGGAGACACUGGACCACUGCUGGGAGAGGGUCAGGAGAACAUGUCGCCCCCGUGCAGUCCUGAUCUCACGUUGGAUCGGGGGUUCAGAGACCUGAAGGAGAACAAGGAGCCGUCUCCUAAGGUGAAGCGGCGGCGCAGCGUGAAGAUCAGCAGCGUGACUCUGGAGCCGGCUCAGUGGCAGAACGACUCGCUGCAGAUCCUCACCUGCACCAACGACUACAGGAGCAUGAACGACUUCCUGAUGAAGAAGAUCAAUGACUUGGACACAGAGGACAGCAAGAAGGACACCAUGGUGGACGUCGUCUUUAAAAAGGCUUUGAAGGAAUUUCGCCUCAACAUCUUCAACUCUUACUCCACAGCGCUCGCUAUGGAUGAUGGUAAGAGUAUUCGCUACAAAGACCUGCAUGCUCUGUUUGAGCAAAUCUUGGAGAAGACCAUGAGACAGGAGCAGAGGGACUGGAGGGAGUCUCCUGUCAAAGUUUGGGUCAACACCUUUAAAGUUUUCCUGGAUGAAUUCAUGACAGAGUACAAACCUCUGGACAGCACGCUCAGCAAGCAGGCACCUAAACCUGAACGUAAAAAACGGAGGAAAAAGGACACUGACAUUGUGGAGGAACAUAACGGCCACAUCUUCAAAUCCACUCAGUACAGCAUCCCCACAUACUGUGAAUACUGCUCCUCGCUCAUCUGGAUGAUGGACCGGGCCUGUGUGUGCAAAUUGUGCCGUUACGCCUGCCACAGAAAGUGCUGCCAGAAGACGACCACCAAAUGCAGUAAGAAGUUUGAUCCAGAACUUUCCUCCAGACAGUUCGGAGUUGAAGUUUCUCGUCUCACUAAUGACGAGAGGACGGUGCCGUUGGUGGUGGAGAAGCUGAUAAACUACAUAGAGAUGCAUGGCCUUUACACUGAAGGAAUAUACAGAAAGUCAGGAUCCACCAACAAGAUUAAGGAGCUCAAGCUGGGACUGGACACAGAUGUGGAAAGCACCAAUCUGGACGACUACAACAUCCAUGUCAUUGCAAGUGUUUUCAAGCAGUGGCUCAGAGAGCUGCCCAAUCCUCUGAUGACUUUUGAGCUGUAUGAGGAGUUUAUCCGUGCCAUGGGUUUGCAGGAUAAAAAGGAAACAAUCCGAGGAGUAUAUUCAGUGAUCGACCAGCUAAGCAGAACUCACCUAAACACUCUGGAACGCCUCAUAUUUCAUCUUGUCAGGAUUGCCUUGCAAGAGGACACAAACCGGAUGUCAGCAAACGCCUUGGCUAUAGUUUUUGCUCCCUGUAUCCUGCGCUGUCCCGACACCAUCGAUCCUCUGCAGAGCGUCCAGGACAUCAGCAAGACCACAGCGUGUGUAGAACUUAUCAUCUGUGAGCAGAUGAAUAAAUACAAAGUACGGCUAAAGGACAUCAGCAGUCUGGAGUUUGCUGAGAAUAAAGCCAAGUGCAGGCUGACCCUCAUCAGACGAUCAAUGGGGAAAGGUCACGUACAGCGACUGAGCUACCACACACCCUCGCCUCCAGUCAGCCCCCGGCUGCCGUAUGUGCCUGACGCUGUGAUAACUGAGAGCGACGGUGAAGAGAGAGCCGACUCUUUCCCAGAGAUCUCCGAGCAUCAGCAGGCGGCCAUGCAGCAGGAGGAGAGAGUGUUGACUGAGCAAAUUGAGAACCUGCAGAAAGAAAAAGAGGAGCUGACCUUUGAGAUGCUGGCUCUGGAGCCUAGAGCCUCAGAUGAUGAGACCCUGGAGUCAGAGGCCUCUAUCGGUACCGCUGACAGCUCUGAAAACCUCAACGUGGACUCUGAAGGAACCAUUUCUGACUUCUCUGAGAGAGGUCCAAUGGUGACUUCGCCCUGGCCUCGAAGGUCGGAUGUACAAAGCCCUAGAAGACGUGCUCUCCGCCGUCAGCCUGACUCCGUGGACUCUGUGGACUCCUGCUCGAGCGUUUCCUCCUAUUCCUCCUCAUCACACUUUCAGCCAACAUCCUCUGCCACUGGCCGGCGCUUUCGUUUUAACAACAGGUCUCCCUCAGGUUCUGCUCAGGCUCAGGCCCUAAAUGCAUCUCAGACUUCUCAAUCAGACAGCACAGACAUGAGCCCGACAGGAGAGCAGGACGCCUUGUACGAUGACGUGCCGCAGUUUAUUAGUAGAGGCACUUUCAAUCCAGAGAGGGGCAAACAGAAACUUAGGGGGGCCAAGCAUUCAACCACGAGGCACUCCAGAGAGGGUGAAGGCCCUGGCAGGGACCCUUCAGACAUACCACAGCAGAUGGUUUUGUAUGGCAAUAAUGAAUUCAUGGUAUGAAGGACACUGGGACACCAAAGCACUCCCCUUUUUAUCUCCCUGGCAGGAAUAUAAGCUCUCAAUGGGAGGUAAUGCAGUGGUGACUGAUCUCCAACCUUCAAAGCAUUUUUGCUUAGCCUUUCUUUGUUGAAGUCUGCAAAGAAGUCUCCCCAAGUGCCGUGUACAGUGUUACUGCAGGGGGUUUGUUUGAUUGAGGGACAGAUCUCGGUGAGAGGGCUCCUCUUCUGUGGACUAAACUGCCAUCCAUGCUCUCACAGUGCCUUGGCAGCUUUUUACCCAGCACCAAGAGGAGACGCACUGAGCCGGAGGACAGAGAAAAGGGAAUGUUGGACCAUUUGGCAUCAGGGAGCUGGAAAGCUAAGGCAGUGUAUUACAGAAGAGAAGAAGAAAUCAGGCAACGUGAGGCAUCACCGAUGUUACAGUGAACCUUAAGCUCACAAUUAUUAGCUGCUUUCUGAGUUUACAGUUCAUAACAAUCAGUGUCAGCAGUGGUUGCCCUGUUAUUACAAAUUUAUUUUCCCUUUUAUUUAAUAAAUUUUAAUGUCACAGAAAUCUUUAUAGCAUAUAAUAUACAGGUAUAAAUACUGUACAAAGCCGGAACACCAGCCUCCGCUGGGUAGUUGAAGUCAGAUAUUUAUCUUUUUUUUGAGUAUCAUGGGCUGAGGAUGUACGGAUUUGGGCAGUGGAUGAUUCGUAUGAGUGUAUGAGUGCUCAUGCUUGAUUGUGUGUACGUGUGAAAAAGAGAAAACCACUCAAUGUGUUUUAAGUUUUUGUGCUGCUUUUUUCCCCCUUACAAGGGAAAUACCGCCAUCAAAGGGACCAAUCAGCUGGCGUGUAUUCCAGCCCAGGGGAUCCCAGCUCUGUAAAGAAUGUUAUAUGUGUAUUAUAAAAGCCCUGCAUUCACUGCUAAACAGCCAUACAACAAAUGUAAUGUACAGUUAAGGUCAUAUGUACAGUAUAGUGGACAAAUGCCAUUCUGUUAUUGAACUCUGUUGUUACCCCUCUGCUCUCAAACCCACCCCCCAACUCCUGUUCCAAAAGUGUUUGCUCAAUAGCAACCAAACAAGAACAAAAUCA